CAGCACGUUAGCAAAGCAGCUCAGUGUAUGUGUGUGUGUGUGUGUGUGUGCAAGCGUGUAUGUGUGUCUAUGUGUGUGUAUAUACAUUUGUGGUUGUGUCUUUCAGUGUGUAUGGGAUAUGUAUGUGAAUAUGUACAGUAUGCCAUCAGGGCAUGAUGUUUAAUUAGUAUCGGAACAGGGAAUAUUUUUCCUAAAACGAGAAAGACCUAGGAGAUUGAAUUGCUCAGUUCGCCUGAUAAUGUCUGCUAGUGCCAAUGCUGGCAAACUGCCGCACGACGAUCACAGCAGACAGGGCAAGUUCUUGUCCUACGUGUUCUACCAGGCUGUGCGGGACCACAAGCCAGUAUGGAUGCUGGAAGACAUGCGGACUAUGGAAUCGUUCUACUGGGAGGAGAACACCAGCCAAAGGACAUACUCCCCAUCCGAAGCGCUGCUUUACGCUGUAGUACACGAUCACCAAGCCUAUGCGCAAUACCUGCUGAGUCACUAUUCGGAAGAGGCUUUGCAAAUGCCAGGGGAGCGCUUCUGCUGCUCUCCUUCCUCUGCGCCGCACUUGGCCAUGGCUGUGAGGUAUGACAGAAGGGACAUUUUGGGGCUCAUCCUGCAGGUGGCACACCGGCUCCCCAGUCUGAGGUCCUACCUAAACCGCAAGGGCUGCUUCCACCUGGAGGAUGGCAAGACCCCACUGCACCUUGCCUGCGACCUGCUGCGCUCCGAAUCUGUGCUUUUUCUCUUGGGGAACGGCGCGUCGCCACAAGCGGAGGACCACAAAGGCAUGACACCGCUUGACGUCAUUUUGGAACAGCUGUGGGACUCGAAGGUCAACGUGGAACCCAAAAAGCGCUGCCUGGACAACUUGCUGCUGUUCAUGCCCGCUCUGCGAUUCAAAAUGAAGAGGUCGUUGGAAGGUGACCCCGCCAGUUGGAAGAAGGUGCUUGGGGAGGAGAAAUUCAGCUACCUCGUUGGGAAAACCCCGGCCCCCUUGUUUCUAACGACUAUGCAAAGAAUCCUGCAGCUCCUUCCCCCGGCGCAGUUCCCCAAAAGUCUGCAAGAUCUCCCCAUACCUGCCUCAUUAAAACCAUUGCCAGUGCCCUACAAAAAGCAGCGGAUCCCAGUUAAUGUGGUAUAGCUUGUUUUUUAAGAACACCUCUUCUUUUAAGAGGGUGUUAAAUGUGCUAAUUAUAAUACUGAUAAUGUAUUUUAAGGAAGUAUUAUUAUUAUUUUUAAAUAGAUGCUAUUAGUUUAGGCGCAGCAUCAAAUGCGUAUCAACAUAUACAUACAGCAUGCAUUAAAUCGAUAAUAUUUUAACCUUUGUAAAAACAAAAAACAGAAAUGUUUUAGAUAUUACUAGUACUGUACUUUAAAAUGGACAGAACGUCAUAAACAGGUAUUAAAUAAGCAAUAUCCUGCUGCAGUAAGUUAAUGGUUCAUUAUUAUUAUUAUUAUUAUUAUUAUUAUUAUUAUUAUUAUUAUUAUUAUUAUUAUUAUUAUAAAGAAUGUAGUAAAAUCUCUUUGUAGUAUGCAAGCAUGGAAUUGUUUAUUUUGUAACAUGUAUACAGUGUAAAUGAAUACAUAUUAUUAUAAUGUAGAUUAUAUCAGUAACAGUUGAAAUGUAAAAUAUUUAUUGAAAUGAUGCUAUGACAGUGUGUAAAUAAAAGUACAUGCAAUUGUUUUCACAUUACAAAGCUGUCAUUUCCAUUGCAGUAUUUAUUUGUAGACAUAUGCUACUUUUGCAUUUUUUAUAAUUAUUUUUCUAAUGUUUUUUUCUUUUUUUAAAAAUUAUUAUUAUUAUAAUUUGUAUUUUAUCUGGACUUUCAGGAUGCCUCGCUUUUUAUGAUUUGUACCGCGCUUAAUGUCUUUAAUAUCCUGUGUUUAUAUAUGUCGAUUGCUUUGAAUGUACAACUAUUUAGACAUGUUUUAACCUGUCAAGAGUGUUCUGUACGCUUUAUUAUGAAAAACACGCGUAUCCUCUGCUCGUUAAUAUGACGUCAACAUAUUCUAGAAUCAAUGGACAUUCCACAGCGAACUACUCCUCGCCCAGUACUAGAGAUGACAAUGCAUGUUCAACAUUAUGCAUAUUGUAUAGUUUGGAGCAGCGUAGGAUCAUAUGAACAACACUGAAAUAAAUCAUUGUUUAAAGACUA